CCUUACAAACCUUUUAGCUGGACACACAGUCUUAAGAAACAAGACAACAUGGAUGUAAGCCAAAGUGCUAACCAUAAAUAUAAACAUGACCAUUUAUCGAUAUAUUGUGUGAUUAUUGCUUGUUUUCUUUUUAGUCAAUACCGAGCAUCUAACGGACUUCUAGAAACCAGUUACGACGGCACAUGCGAGCCCAUCCAAGUGGCCAUGUGCAAUGGCCUGGUCAACUACAACACCACGAAACUACCUAAUAAAUUCGGCCACGCCACCCAGGACCAAGUUUACUGGGCCCUCCAGCCUUGGUGGCCCUUCAUCGACGCCGGAUGCUCCGAUAAUUUGAGAAAUUUUCUCUGCGGGCUGUUUCUUCCUAAGUGUGUGGGCAACAACGUGGAGCCACACUAUCCUUGCGCAGAGACCUGCAAGAAGGCCAAGGUCAGGUGCAAGAAACAAAUGCGCAUGCAGAGCUUCAAGUGGAGCAAAGAUUUCCGGUGCGGCAAACUGCUGCCCAAAGACUCUCACCGUUGCAUUAAACCAGAACGAGAAGGCAAGAAGAAACAGAACAAGGAGUACAAUCUGUGCCAAAAGAACACCCUGCCAAUGUGCCAAGGAAUACCUUUUACUUUCGGUUCUUUACCCAACGCCUACUUACAAGGAGAUCAGAGUGAAAUAGCCAAAGAAAUGAGACAGUACCAAGCACUUCUGAGCACCAGGUGUUCGGAAAACCUCAAACUGUUCCUGUGUGGGGUCUAUAUGCCCUACUGCAUAGAAGGUCCUAAGGCGCAUUCAGCAAAUAACGCAAACAACGAGCUUCAAGACGUGGACAACAAAAUACCAUUUGUUGUACCAUGCCGUGAAAUGUGUCAGGAAGUGUAUGAUCAAUGCAGCAAGGAGUACCACAAACUGACAGGUGGGCUGCCCUGGCCAGCCAAGUUACAUUGCCACAGAUUCCCCACAUCUUUAGAGUACCACUACAAACACAGGACUAAUGCCAGCACUGGGGUCAAUGGAGACAGAAUGACUUGCACAAUGCCUCUACCUAACUAAAAGUUGGGCACAUUGUUCUGCAGUGACAGUCACACACACACAAAUUUUUUUACAAUAAAAAAAAAACUAAAUAAUUUA